CACUAUCCGUUUUUUCCACAGUGGGGUUAUCUGGGAGCCGGAGCCUCUCCCAUCUAGCGGUGGGCACGAGGCAGGACACACACCCACACCCACACACACCCACCCACCAGGGCCAGUUUUCUCAGAAACCAAUUCAUCUUUCAGUAGGACUUUGCAAAACUCCAUGCAGAACAUGCAAACUCCAUGCAGACAGCACCCCAACAAUCUAACCCCGGGCCACAGUGUUGGGAUGCAGCAAAGCUAAUAAACAUUAGUCAUCUGCUAAGAAAUUAACCGAAAUGAAGAGGAACACGGGGGAGCAGCUGGUGCUCUUGGGUCCUUGUUUCGAUCAUGGUCCAGGAUGCCGUCUGUGUGGAUUUUAACAGCUUUCAGGAAAGGUUUUUCUCCGGGUGCUACUUUUACUACCUUCAGCCCCCAAACGUGCUGUCUAUGUUAACUGGCAUCUUUUAUCUCCAGCCUCUAUAUAAUGGCAACAGUAUGACAGGGCAGCUUGUUCCACACUCCCACAACUCUUUGUGUAAAGACGCGCGUCUUGUUCACCCCCUUGCGGAAAACUUUAGGAUUACAACCCAUGGCGAAAUUUCUGUAUAGACAUUCCAGACAUUUAAUUUCACUUAAAACGUCUUGAGGCUCUGUGAUGUUUUAAUCAUAUUUGCGAUUAAAAGCCAUAACGCCGGUAGUGGCUGCCUGUAACCUCUGGAAUGCCAGACUUGUGCCAGAUGUGCACAGGCAAGCGUGGCUCAUCCGAGAGGCGACGUCAAACCCGAGAACCCGAAACCGAAACUACGUCUCGUAAUUGAAGCCAGACGGGCAGCGUUGAAGUUUGGGCCCGGCAUGACGCUGUCCUUCUCAGGGUGGCAGGUCCUGGAGGACAGGAGACGCCUGCGGGCCGAGGAGGAGCCCCAGAGCGGCCGCGCCUACACCAUGUACCACGGCACCCACCUGGCGCACGCCAAGGCCAUCGUCCGGGCCGGCUUCCGGCGCUCCGGGGACGGCCUGCUGGGCGCCGGCGUCUACGUCAGCCGCAACAUCGAGAAGGCCAAGUGCUACCCGCUGGGCGCGGGCCGGCAGGACAAGGUGGUGUUCAAGCUGAAGGUGCGCGUGGGCAGGGUGAAGAAGAUCGACCGCGACGACCACCCGCUGCAGAAGACCUGGCACCAGCAGGGCUACGACUCCGCCUGGGUGCCGCCCCACAGCCGCAUCAGCAGCAUCAAGUCCGGCCGGGAGGAGGACUGCGUCUGGGACCCCCGGCGGAUCGCCCUGGUGGACGUGGCCUGCUGCGCGGACGCCGCCGCCCGCCGCGAGCUCCGCCGGAUGAUCCGGGGGCACCGGGGGGGCUCCCCGGGGGGCGGUUGCCGGCUGUGCCACGGGGACGCGGCCGGGCGCCAUCCCGCCGAGAGCUGCUGGGCGUGCGGCCGGGCCGUCUGCCCCUUCCAGAGCAAGCACGCCUGCAAGAAGCGGCGCCCUCUGCAGGCAGAGUGAAGUACUGCGGUCUGCGGCGCCGCAGGGGAGAUGCGCUGCACGCUCUCCUGGGGUAGAAAUGACGAGCAGCGUGCGGAGCAAGUGCAGCGUUUGAGAGCGCUGAUCUCGAUCGGCCGGGGCCCGAGCCUCCGGGAAGGCGCUCUGUCGGCUGCCAGUCACUCCUCGCUCAUCUGAUCCUUUUACAAACCUUCCUGGAGUUUCUAACAGGCGUUCAGGAGGAAGGCCCCAUCACAUCAUAACGUCACCUCCCACGUGUUUACAAUACAUCUCUCUCGCCACCCCUCCUGCUGCCCCAUCUUCACUCCUGGAGCUGCUCCCUGGCUCAUUCCUCAUGAAAGUGGAGGGGGGGGGGGUCGGUCAGCCUCAUCCUUACCGUCAGGCUGCUGUUCUCUCAGCUGGGCCAGUUCCACCAAACAGCCUCUCACCCAUUUCGUCUCCAUACCACAUUCAUCAGGAUCUGCUGAGCUGCAGAACUGGACAUUGUACAAUCUGAGAGCUCCAGGGAAACGAAUAGAGUCAUUUUGCCUUGUGUUUUGGGUCACCUCGGGUACGGAUAUUUUGCCAUUCUACAAUCAUAUUAAUAAUAAAAUAAGUAAUUAAAAUGCAUGGACAGUUGCAGUCAGGAGUCUACAAUGUCCCGUUUGGAUUUUGGUUUUGAAUUUUUCUUUUCUUGGUGUUGUGGUGUGGAAUAAAGAGGGAAUGUUCUUUACUUUAAAUAUAUUACUUUUAGUUUAUUUUUAAAAAUCGCAUGUGCUCUUCAACACAGGGCUGGAGAUUAUCCGGCGCUAAGACACGGUGAAAUAAAUACUGCCUCAGAGCAAAAACCCUUUCAAGACACCUUGUAAAUUCUUGACUCGAUGGACGAAUUAAUGAAUUUUUAAAUAAAACUGAAUUUAACUUGU